AGUGACCAGCAGUCAGGCUCGCGGGGCACUGGGCAUUACGAGCUGCGCACACAGGUUGUGCCACCUGGUCUUGACCUCCCGGCAGCUGGCAGCUCGUGUGGUCUCCUAAGGAUUCAACUCUCACGCUGGAAACCAAUGAAUCUCCCUGACGUUCCGCGGCGACGGAGCCCUGUACCCCAAGAGCCUUUACCUAGCUGGCCCCCGAUACCCGACCCUCUGAGGCCUUCACCUUUCCCGAACCCCGUGCUGCAAACCCUCUACAGUUUAUCCCGCAUGCUGCUCUUCCCGGCUUACUGGUCUCUGGACCGGUUGCUGGGUUGCUGGGCGCCAGUAUCGCGAUCCGGCAGCUUGGGGUGGUUCAAAGUCCUGGCAGGAAGUGGGGCGGCGUUGCUACCGCUGGUGGUGGUCGGUCUACCCUUGGCGUUGGUUGGCCUCGUGCUCUGGCUGCCCCUCCAGCUCUGUCGCCGCCCCUUCUGCUAUCAGCCCCCUCCAUCAUGCUGGGUGUGGCCACCGCCCUGGCGCCCGCCUGCUGAGCGCCAGCGCUGCUUUGUCUUUCUCACUGCUAAUCUGUGCCUGUUCCCUCACGGACUGGCACACUUUAACAAUUUGUCGAAUAGUCAGCAGCGCGCAGAUGCUGUUGGGGCCAUACUGCUAGAUGGCCUUCGGUCGUCACAGUAUGAGGUUACCGAACCUAGGCAGCCGCUGCCUAAGGCGCCUGGUGGUGUGCUGAAGGCCACAUUACCUAUGGGUUUGGACUUCGUGUGUCUGCAGGAAGUGUUCGAUCUCCGCGCAGCUCGUCGUCUCGUGCGCGUUUUGGUACCAAAUCUGGGCCCGGUGCUAUAUGAUGUAGGCACAUUUGGCUUAGUGGCCGGGCCGUACAUUAAGGUACUGGGUAGUGGGCUUCUACUGGCCUCGCGCUACCCGCUGCUGCGUGCCACCUUCCGUUGCUUUCCUAACGCUCGUCGCGAGGACGCCAUGGCCUCCAAAGGUCUAUUAUCCGUCCAGGCGCAGCUAGGCAUGCUGGACGGGCGCCGCAUCGUGGGAUACCUUCAUUGUACACACUUGCAGGCACCCAUUGAGGAUGGACAUAUUCGCUGCAAACAGCUGACGCUGCUGCUGGAAUGGGUGGAGGAGUUCGAGGCUGAGAGCCGCCAGAGUGGUGAGGCUGUGGCUUUCAGCGUCCUUCUGGGAGAUCUAAACUUUGACAACUGCUCCCAAGGUAAUAAGCUGGGGCGGGUGGAGCCAAGACACCCAGCUCUGCCCACUAAGAAACGGUUUUCCUCCACAGAUCAUGCAAAGGAGCAGGGACAUAAAUUCUUCAGCUGUUUUAAGGACCCUUGCCGGCUAGGCCCUUGCCAGGAGCAGCCCUGGGCCUUGGGGACGAUCUUGAAUAAUUCCACGCUACACCAGUCCAUUAUCAGCUCCCCAGAGAUGCUUCGGAGGGCCUUGGAGCAAGAAAAAGGGCGCCGCCUCUACCUGGCUGGACCCCUUCAUGGAAAUUACCCAGCUCAAUCCUGGAAGGGCCGGCGUCUGGACUAUAUCACCUACCGCGGAGUACCUGGGAGUCGCCUGAGUCCAGAGGCGGAGCAGGUGACAUUCAGUACUGCGUUUGCGGGACUCACCGACCACUUGGCUAUGGGCCUGAAGCUUCAAGUUGUAUGCUCCUGACGCUGGCGCACAGACAAGGGGAUGACUAUCGAGAAAGACUACCAUGGGGAGCGGAGCCCAAAUAUCGUGCGAUUCAAAGGAUCUUUAUUGUGGGGCACUCAUACGGCUUCCUGGGCGCGGCGGUACUCGAAUACACUGCCGCGCUCGGGGAAGGCUGGAAAUAGCGGGGGCGAGCCUGGUGGUGGCGCUGGAUCCUCCGGGUCUCCGUAGCCCCCACCCCCAGGCGUGUGGAGGCAGAACACGUCCUGCGAAGAGCAAGUGCAACGCAGGUGUGGCCUUGUCCCAGUAAGACACAAAUCACUCAACCGCCCUGUUUCCGUUUGGGAGCCAAAUUAAAUUUUUGUAUCCCUGUUUA